AUGCUCGGCUUUCAGAGGAUAUCGCGACCAGCUCACGCUUCGGGCUCGGGGAGCCUGUUCCCUCCCCCACCCUCCCGUGGCGGCGGCGGCGGCGGAGCGGUAGCUGCGGCGGGCGGAGCGGUAGCUGCGGCGGCCGGAGCGGGGGACGGACGAGGGGCGGAGCCGGGGAGGAGCCGCGGCGGUGGCGGCCCAGGCGGCGGCAGGUGUGGACCGGACGGAGGUGCGGGUCAUCUACUCUCGUCCGCGCUAGGCGGAGGCCGUGGCUCUGGGGCCGGGACGGCCUCCCUGGAGGUGCUUCGCGUGCAGCUUCGACCUGCGCACAACUUGGGGCGCGGCCCGGGACGCGCAGAUUCCACGUACGGCGCCCCGAGGAGAAAGACGCGCGGCCCCUGGCGCGGACCUGAGAGGAGAGGCGGCGGCCUGAGGGCGGCGGGGGCUGAGGGGCAGGCGGGACGGCCGCCCCUGCUUGGGCUCUCCCCUCGCCCCUCCCGUCCGGGAGGCCGCGCGGCGCCUCAGCGCUCCAGCCUGACUCGCAGGUGGAAGGGAAGAUUCUGGAAAAGUAAAACAUCGAAGAGGCAUGGUGCUGCCCCUGUAACUUGGAACUGGAGAGGAGGCAAGAUGCUGGCAUAGCUGUUGAACUGAGAGCCUGCUAUGCCAGCAUACUGCCACCUCUCUUGUCUGACAGCAGCCAUCGCCACCUGCGUGCCGCUCCUCCACGCAUUGCUCCGGAUGUGUACCCUUUCUUGGAUGUGGGUUUCCAUUACAUGGCACCUCUCACCUCCCUGACCUCUCCUGCCAUACUCUGAGUCACUUCAUUUUAGCCGCACUGCCUUUCUGGCUGAUCCUUGAACACAUCCAGGAUGUUCCUGCCUCUUUCUCUUCAUUUGGGUCUUAGCAAGGACAUCUCCUCCUCAGGGAAGCCUUCCUUGACCACUCUUUAAAACAGCUGUCACAUACCAUAGUCACCCUUCAUGCCUGUACCCUGCCAUAUGUUUUCAAAACAUUGGUCACCAUCUGAAACACAUGUGUUGGCUUGUUGAGUAUCUUGAUCUCCCUCGUUAGAAUGUAAGCCCCUUGGAAGUUAGGGACCUUGUGUCUUGACCAACCACAGUAUCCCCAGAGCCUGACACAUAGUAGUCCCUUCAUGCAUAUUUUUGAGACUCCACCCUGAUUUUAUUAUGCUGGAGAGAUGUCAGUCUCUUCCCAUUUUGAAUGGUUUUGGUAAAACCGUUCUGGGCCUGCAAACCUAACUCUUUAAAACAGUCCCAAAAUACAGUCAGUCCUCUGUAUUCAGACUGAAAUUUGAUCCAAAGUUUGUUGAGCAUGCAGAUGCAGAGAGCCAGCUAUACUACACCAUUUUAUAUAAGGGACUUGAGCAUCCAUGGAUUUUGGUAUCCAUGGGGACUUUUGGAAUCAAUCCCCCACAUAUACCAAGGGAUGACUAUAUAGAUCAUUGGGUCCACAGACUCAUGGAGCUCAGCAAAUCAUGGUGAGAAAAGCAUGGGUUUCAGAAUAAAACUUAUGUUCGAAUCUCACCACCGGUAUUACCUAUGGUGUGUUCUCGGACAGUCAUUUAACCUUUGAGCUACAGUUUUUCUCAAGUGCAAAAUGAGGAUACUACUACUAAACCCUCAGGAUUCUUGAGACUAAGAAAUGAGAUAUUUUAGCCAGAUAAUUCUUACUUUGUGUCUAAGUUAGUGUCUUAAAUUUCUGAGGUAUGUGUAGUAGUAGUAGACACCCAACAAAUUUUAUUUUACUACCAAGGAAAAAAAGUUAACUUUUCUUUAGCUAGAAACAGGUAAUCAGCCAUGGAAUGUGUGGAACUGCGUUGCCAGAACUAUAGCACAUGUGGAAUUCUUUGUUAAGACACAGAGAUCUCAAAAGGCCAAGGAAUUAAUUGUCCAAUAUCUCAAAUUCUUCUCUCUGGGUUGGUUCUUACUCCUCUGUCUUCUUUUAUUUCUAGAGUUGCUCGUUGUCUGUAGAUCUCUUUUAAAAGCAACUUUUACAGAUUCACUUUACAGAAUCAAAAUAUUUAACAAAUACUGUUUGCUGAUCAUGUUUUUUAAGCAUUGAAGUUUUAGUGAAACGUUUUGCUUUUAAUAAACUAAAUUUUAUUUUAAUUUUGAUGCUUUUCCAAGAAAUAACAGUCACUACUCAUGACUUAUUUAUUUUUUUAUAAAUUUAUUUAUUUUUGGCUGCGUUGGGUCUUCAUUGCUGUGCGUGGGCUUUCUCUAGUUGU